AUGUGCCGCUAUAAAGCAGCGGCUUUGCUUAUGAAGAUGGCGAAACUGCUUUGGUGCUGCGUGGUAGCAGCAUUGAUGCUGACAGAUUCUAAUGCCGUGGAUAUAGAAAAAACUGUAAAUCAAGUUCAAAACAUUCUAAAGGCAAACGAAGGAUUACCAAGACUUUCAAGAGAUGAAAUAAUACAGUUAUUAAAUGAUAUAAGGGCUGAAGAUGCAAAAAGUCGGUCAUCUUCUAUUGAAUCUAAGGAAGUGAAAGUUACAACGCCUGGUAUUGAAGAAAAUGAAAUUAAUCCAGUCACACAGCAUCCCGACGUAGGGGAUGAUAUACUGCAAAACAGACAACAAAACAGUGUUUCAGCGUCCACUCUAACAAAUAAAGUUGAAACUGUCACCAAAAAAAGUGAACCAUCUGUUUUAGUAGUUUUACCAUACACACCUCGUGAUGGCUCAUCAUUGCAAGAAUUAUACACAAGACCUCCAAGAGUUGAAGUUUUGCCAGUAUCAAAGGUCACACCUAGUCCUCUUAUCAGCUCACUUGAAAAACUUCAGCAUACCUUGAAUAGACAUACUAAGAAAACUCAAAAACCAAAAGAUAAUUUGCCAGCCGAACUACAAGCAUUCCUUGAGGCUCAUGGACUAAAGGGUAAACCAGGUCAAGAUAAUUUUCUUUUACCACUCGAUGGUUUCAAGCCUCUUCCUCCAGCAAAGGUUGUAGAUGGCACUGUCCAGUUGCCUGAAAAUAUACUUUUAACGUACGAUUUAUUAUCGACUGAUAUUGAUUCCAAAACAGCUGAAACUAAACAUCCCCCAACAAACUUUUUGUAUGAACCAUUACGUCCUGAGUUCCCAUUUGAACUUGACACUUCACAAUCGGAAAAGCAAGAGUCAGUUCUUCCGCUACCCCUUCCAGUAAGGAAAACUAAAUCUACCUCUAAUGUACCGUUGCCUAGUUAUGAGCCAAUUGAUUACGAUUCAGUAAAAGUUAUCCCCUUAAAAAAGGGUAUCAGUCCAAUUGAAGAUAUGAAAUCAAAUUUAAGCAGUGAACAAAAUAAAAGACAAGCUGAUAUGUCUAACAGUACAACUACAACUGAAAAAUCAGAGGGUGAAUCGACUACUCCUGACUCAAAAUCCGCAUCUGUAGAUGUUCCGAUGGUUGAUACUGCUGCUUCUGAUACGGGGGCUUCAAUAGCUGAUUUAGAAGAUUCUUUUGGGGGCGCUGCACCAGAACUGCCAGGCGAUUCUGAAUUGCCACCUCCAAGAAAAAAUGGUUUUUACUGGAUGCUCGAUUGGAAUAGUUUUCUGGAAGUGGGAGACGGUGACACAAAAGUAAAUAUUCAUUUUGAGCCUAAACUGGGCGAUCCGCAAAUGUUUAUCCCAGUAAAUGUACCUUGA